CGCGGCGAUGCACUCGUCUUGAUUCAUGACCAACUUGCGUCCGAAAGCUUUGACCAAGAAUCUUUAUUCCGAAAUCUUCGAUCUCGAUACUACUUAAGAGGACAUAUAGUUAGACGCCCCACCUACCAGCGGUAGAACAAGUCGCACCUAGUCCUGUAUCCGACGCCUGGUCUCCCAAGCGACAAGAGAACCCUCGCCCCAAGUUGAGAUGUCGCUAGCGGGUUCCCUCGAGAUUCAGCUCCCGCGCGUCAAGGCAGCCACAAGCAUCCUGGCGGAAAAGUUGAAGAGCAGGGGGAAACGGGCCGACUUGUACAACCUCCAUUCUGAGACACUGAGUCAACAUUGGGGAUCUCUGGAUAAGGCUUUUCCCAUCCAGUUCCGCCCAAUUCGAUCAAGAGGUCAACUGAGAUUAGGGACCAUCAUUGUUUCUCGGCUAUAUCAAGUGACCCUGCUUGCGCUUUCCAAAACCAUCGCGCUGCCUGAUCUUUGGAAACCUGGAGGGUGGCUCUUCGAUGCUGCAUCUGAGGUAAACCCUGACAACUCUAUCCUGACAGAAGAGGCCAGUCGCUCUCUACACGCCAAACUCGGCCUCGGCGGUCGGAAAUUGCGAGCAGUCUCCCAUAGCCCUGAUCUUGCAUCAGCCGCCAAUGCCCCAUCCAUUAUCGACACACCCAUGUCUCCAAGCCCUGAACAAGACGGGGAGGAUACGCGCUCGCCAGAACCUCAUCGAAACACACAAGUUGAACGCAGCUUCUCCGAAGAAGCCGACUUGCUUAUCCUCGGCUUCUCUGCGGGGAUGAUGACCAAGGUCUCGAGCAAGGGCAAGACCAAAGUCUUGACGACGGCUUCGAUUUCGAACAAUACUAUGGUCCCGCGCUGCACCAGUCUGCUACGCCAAGCCCUCCUCCUCAUCCCGAGCCUCUUGCCCAGCCACCCACACCCGAGGUUGUUAAGAAAGCUCACCAGCAGAUAACCGAACACGAGUGGCUGGACAACCAAGCGAUCGGGGCCCUCAUCUAUCUUGUCAACCAAUCCAGCCAGGUCCGCUUUUCUAAAGAUCGUAUCUUUUUUGGCGACAGCCUCUGGGUCUCCCUGGAGAA